UCGAUCAAGAAGAGCUGGUGCACCAACAAUUGACUAAAAUAUCUUGUAGUUAUUUUUUGAAACAUCUGCAUUCCAAAUGAUUGAUCAUGUACUGGGUCGUCCUUCGUCUGGUUGGAAACGUUCUCAGAUUCUCGUUACCAUUCUAACAGUUGCCUACUUUCUUAACAAGUCUAAGCGAAGAGCCCCUAUAGAAAUAUUGCGACGAAUUGACCGGAUACUAGGAUGUCUGCCUCCUUGGAAAAUUGCUAUUGUGUCGUUGCUGGGAUCAUACCUGUUUGAAAACUUUUUGCAUUUGGUAUUCCUAAAUGGUCCUGAACUCUACUCCAAGAUGUACACUCGCAACUUUUUCCGUGCUACUUGGAUCAUGACAAGUUUGGAUGCAGGAUUUUUGACAUGCAUGCACAUGCGUCCAAAGUGGUUGCGUGAUGUUCUGUCGCCUUUGUUAUCCAUAAUUUACAUGUUCUUUCCUGAAAGUGCCGAUCACAAGGUUCGCACAUUUAGAAAUAAUGCAACAGUUGAAAUCAUGCGAUGUUCCUGGGAAAAAUCUACCAAUCCAAUUCUACGUCUAUUUACUACAUUCGAUCGUGGCUUUCUUCAGAUUCGAAAGGAUAUUACCAUUCCACUCCCAACAGUCCCAUCUCACUCUGUUUUUUUAAAUCGUCCUAAGCCUCAUAUUAAUGCUAGACUAUAUUUUGAUGGUACUCCGGCUCAACUAGCAGCUGCAACAGAACUUAUUUUUCAAAUUCCUGGUGGCGGGUUUGUUACAACUACUCCAACACAUCAUGAUGACUAUGUGUCAAGCUGGGCACGACAAGUUCGAGUGCCAAUUGUGAGUAUCAAUUACGGAAAAGCUCCAGAGUUUCCAUAUCCAUGGGCUCUUGAGGAAUGUUAUGAGGCUUAUAGAAGUAUUGUCGAGUCAAAUGGUGAAGUAAUCGGUAUGAGUGGAUGGCAUGUGCUUGAUCAAGCCGGUAGGAUAAUCUCUCCAAAGAAAUCCAUCAAAAUUGUCAUGACUGGAGAUUCAGCUGGGGCAAACUUGGCUACAGGAGUGAUUUUCAAAUGCAUUGAAUUUAAUCAGGAGCAUGCAAAACCACCAGCUGCAUUCAUCUGUGUAUAUCCUUGUCUUUCAUAUGACAUGGCUUGUUGGAUUCCACCACGCCAGUUGAAUUUACUACGAGCUGAAUCAAGCACAUCGUUGGCUCCACUUAUUGAUUCAAAGCUACACAUACGAAAACUAGCUCCAUUAGAGACAUCAGAGGCUCCACGUGCAAUUGAUGUGUUUAACAAUCAGGCAGAUCGUAGUUUGUCAUGGUACCAUAAGCUUCGUCCACAAAUAUUUGCUCAUAAAUCCACUGGCCCGUAUAUUCCUAGCGCACUUUCAAUGACUUCGCGCAUGUCAUACUUUUCUGAUCGUAUCAUCACUCCUGAAUUGCUGCGUGGAAUGGCAUUGCUCUACCUUUCUGGAUCUCCUGUUGUGCCGGAUCUCAUGCACGAUCAUUACCUCAGUCCGGUCAUUGCAUCUGAUGAAAUCCUUGCAAGAUUCCCCAAAACCUAUUUUAUUGUAGGCGAAAAAGACCCUUUUGUAGACGACACUGUGAUCUUUGCAGCUCGAAUUCGAGAAGCAAAAGCAAAGGCAAAGCGUGAGUGGGAAAAGGUUCGUGAGCAGCGUCAUAGAUUGGGAUUGAAUACUACUAUGAGCAAUGGAUUAUCUCUGGCAGACUUGCGACAUUCGCGUCGAUCAGUAAAUGGCGACUCUCCAAAUCACCAUUCUGAACUACAGCGCAUGAAUUCAAUUAUUGAAGAUGCCGAGUUUGAGCAUCAUGUGUUUUCACAAGGACCCGACAAGAUGGUCAAGGUUAAAAUCAUUCAAGGCAUUUCACAUGCGUUUUUCCAAAUGAUGACAUUUCUACCCGAAGCCCGUCAGGCGGCAUUGCCGCUGAUGACGCAACCGAGUUGACUGAUAUGCUUAUGCAUGGAAUGGAUGAACCUAAUAGGCUAUCUCAAAGCAAUGUUCCAAACGAUUUUGCUUAUUAUCAGCUCAAAGGUGUUGCACCUGGCGGCGCCUCAUAUCAACGUGAUAAAACUGGCGCUGCUUCGGUUAUUGUCACUAAUGAUCAGGAUGAAUCUGCUGAUAAAGUAACGAGUAAGCAUUUGAGGAAAGGGUCUGAAAGUGGUGCAGUAGAGCACAAUAAUGUCACGAAUUCUGCUGGGAAUUCGCGGACUGGAUCACCUCUGAUUUAUGAACAGCGUAUAUCCAGUACACGGACUGGAAAUAGGAAGCCGGUGGUCAUGUGUGAAGUUUCUGAAAAAAAUGUGGUUUCUAAACGUCGAUCUGAAAUGUCUGCUGUUCUUGGCACGACUGCCAUGACUUUGCCUAACCCACCACAACCAUGACGAUAUAUUGAGUAUAAUUUUCAGUACGAGGUUUUAUUCAUUAAAAUGGUCUGAUAUAUUGCU